UGAUUCUUACAAAAUUGCAGAUUUGUGUAUUACACUCGCAUUCGCGCAAAAUAGAUCAUAUUCAAAAUCUAGUGUAUACAUAAACAAAGUAAGAAAGGUUGAAAAAAUACAUUAUGGCUAAUUCUGAAGAGACUGCCCAACCACUUGCCAAAGUACAAAAACUCUCUGAAACCUUGUCAGACGAUGCCAAUGACGUAGAACAAAGCCUUGAUUUUUAUAGACAAAAAGCACUGGAAGAUAUUGAUGGUUGUCAGAAUAAAAUUGAUGCACUGAAUGAAAAGGCUAGCGAAGAAAUUCUCCAAGUAGAACAGAAAUACAACAAGCUAAGGAAACCACAUUAUGAGCAAAGGAAUGAGCUGAUAAAGAACAUACCAAAUUUUUGGGUUACAGCAUUUGUAAAUCAUCCACAGAUUUCUGCUGUUCUAGAAGACGUAGAAGAAGAUUGCCUUCAUUAUUUAAGUAAACUAGAGGUAGAGGAAUUUGAGGAUAUUAAAUCAGGAUAUAAAAUCAGCUUUGUGUUUGCUUCAAAUCCAUAUUUCAGCAAUACCGUUCUUGUGAAGGAAUUUCACUUAUCUUUUACAGGUGAUCCAACUUCAAAAUCCAGUAAAAUAGAAUGGAAAAAUGGAAUGGACAUAUCUGCAAAAAUAAAACAAAAUGGAAACAAUCGGAAAAGAAAACGAGGUCAGAGUCGAAGCUUUUUCCAGUGGUUUGAAGAUAAUACUGAUCCCUCAGCUGAUGACAUAGCAGAAGUAGUUAAAGAUGACAUGUGGCCCAAUCCAUUACAGUAUUAUUUAGCAUCGGACAUUGAAGUAGAAAAUGGAGUCAGUGAUGAUGAUGAUGAUGACAUGGAUGAUUCAGUGGUUGUAUUAGAUGAAGACGAUGAUGAUGAGGAUGAAGAUGGGGACCAAGAAGAUGAAGUAUAUGAGGUGCUAGAUGAUGACGAUGAUGAUGAGGAAGAAGUGAAUGAAUCUAUUGAUGAUGAUGAUGUGGAAGUGUUAGAUGACAUUGAAGAAGAAAUAGCAGAUGAUGAUGUAGAGGAAGUUAAUUUAGAUGAUUCAGAAGAAAUAGAUGAAGAUAUAUUAGAUAAUUCAGGUGGAGAAGGAGACAGUAAUGGACUCAUUGAAAUCAAACCUAAUCAAUCAGAAAAAUCUACAGACAGCAAACCAUCAGAAAAUGUGACAGAUGAACAAUCUAAUAAAAAAGACUCAUCGUUAGAGGAAUCAAAUAAAAACACAGAGGAAAAGACUCAAAAUGAAAGUGAAUCAAAAACAGAGUAGAUGAUUGUUAUUACUGUUUGUUGUUUUGUACUUUAUUAUUUGUUUCAUUUUAUUCAUAACUUACAUAAGAUUUCUCAUGGAAGGGUUUCAUCUACUAUUCAAUAUUUGUGUAGAUUGUUAAAACAAAAUACAGGUUAGUGUGAGUAUUAAUGAUAUAACUAAUCGGUAUAACAUCUAUUCUCUGAUUUGUUCAUUUUUAUGUACAUACACUUGUGUCAUAAAAAAACAACCAAUUACAUACAACAAAUGUGUUUUCUGCCUAAUUGCAGAGAUUUUUAAAGUGUGGUAAUACAAAAUUAAAACUGUUGUAAAACUCAUCUUAUAUUAAAAAUUCCUCCAUAAAUGAGAUUGGGUAUUGAAAAAAAUCUUUAAUUUAUAAUAUUCAGUACAUUGGAACCAGGGUGGGGUAUUAUCCCAUGUAAUGAUAAAUGAAAUCCAAAAUUGUAAUUAUUGGGCAUUUUAGUACAAUGAUGCGAAUUUGUUGCUAUCUUAAAAAAAGGAAUUUUCUAUUUGACAUAUAAAAUGACUGGACAACAUUUUUUCUGCUAACCUGUGUUGCUAUAAUUUUUAUAUAUAAACACAAAAUUCUAAUAUCAAUUUAGUAGAAAAAAAACCACUUUACACAUGAGCCAGCCUAUUGCUAUUUCAACCCUUGCACAUACAAUGUAAGUCAAACUACAUUUUUGGCACAUGUGUCAUUCAAGGUCACACUGUCUUUAUUUUAUUUCAAGAAUCAUGAAAUGAAUGACAGUUUAGAAUUUUUAGCUCAUUUUAUCAGCAUUGCAUCAAUAAUUUUCAAUUUUCUUUUUUUCACCAAUUUUUAACAAAACUGACAAUUUUAUGAGUUUUGUUAUUGAUGUCAUAAUUAUAGAAGCCUUGCCAAUUCAUCAAUUUUUAAGAAAUAGUGGUUUAUAUGUCAUACAUUAAUUUGAAGUGCAUGCUCAGAAAAUAUAAUUAAAUAUAUAUUUGAGUAUCAUUUCUUAUAGUUUUUCAAAUAUAAAUUUUUAAUGUACAAAGAUUUAUUUUUUGAACUUUCCUGAAUAGAAGUCUGAAAAACAAACAAAGAGUUGUGAAUGAUAACUUGUUGCCUGACAAAAGCAACAGUAAAAGGCAUUUAGAAGUUUUCAGACUUUCUAUAAGGAUAUUUACAAAUGUCAAUUUAGGUUAUGGAAAUAGCUAUAAUAGAUUCUAUCAUCAGCAUCAUAAAGUUAUAGGAAUAGUCUGUGGGAGAAUUUUUUUAAAAACUUAUAUAACUUGUAUAGAAGAUUUCUGUUAUCAAGUGAUACAUAUAUGUAUAGCUAUGAGGGAAACUAUCCUGGGUCAUUCUCCUGAGAACAGGGUUCCUAAUAAAAACAUUUACUAAAAGUCUAAUUUUUAUUGUAAUACAUUUGUAAUCCAAUUUGAAGAUUAAUUUCUGGUUUUAAAAUGGCAGCAAUUUAACUGUAAUUGUAAUUAUAAAAUUAGAGAAAACAAAUAUAUUUGAGUAUCAUUUCUUAUAGUUUUUCAAAUAUAAAUUUUUAAUGUACAAAGAUUUAUUUUUUGAACUUUCCUGAAUAGAAGUCUGAAAAACAAACAAAGAGUUGUGAAUGAUAACUUGUUGCCUGACAAAAGCAACAGUUAAAGGCAUUUAGAAGUUUUCAGACUUUCUAUAAGGAUAUUUACAAAUGUCAAUUUAGGUAAUGGAAAUAGCUAUAAUAGAUUCUAUCAUCAGCAUCAUAAAGUUAUAGGAAUAGUCUGUGGGAGAAUUUUUUUAAAAACUUAUAUAACUUGUAUAGAAGAUUUCUGUUAUCAAGUGAUACAUAUAUGUAUAGCUAUGACGGAAACUAUCCUGGGUCAUUCUUCUGAGAACAGGGUUCCUAAUAAAAACAUUUACUAAAAGUCUAAUUUUUAUUGUAAUACAUUUGUAAUCCAAUUUGAAGAUUAAUUUCUGGUUUUAAAAUGGCAGCAAUUUAACUGUAAUUGUAAUUAUAAAAUUAGAGAAAACAAAUAUUUUUAGUUGUAAUUGAGAUUGAUUUCAAAGAGAGGAAUAAAAAAUUGGUUGCAAGUUUUAAACCUUGCAUGUCACAUAUUGUUUUAAAUGCAUGAUAUAGGUGUUAUUUAUUUGGUGAAAUAUGUCGUCAAAUAUUGUUGCAUUGAUAUCAAUAUUUAACUUUUUCAAUAAAAUGUGAGCCAUUUC